AGGAAGCUAAAUCUAUUUACCUUCAUCUCACUUAAGAAGUAUAUGAACAUGUGCACUCGUGACAAGUGACCUGCAGCUAAAAGUUUGGACCUUUGUAUGGUCCUAAUGCUAGGUUUCAAGCAAAUGAGGAUGGAAAAUGUAACUAGACUGUUUCUCUCCAGCUACAUUUAAAAUCUGAUCUCUAUAAAUCAGUAACCAAGCAAUUACCGCAAACCUCACCCUCUCCAAGGAGCAGUUAUAAAAAAAAAAAGAAGGAAAAUCUCUUCCUGAGGACGACUUUGUCACGAUAUCUUGGCUAACUUUUUGGAAGUUUUCAGGCUGUCAUUGGAAAAUGAACAGAAAAUCUGUUCAUAAGAACAACUUGUGCUGUCCUGUAUGCCAUGACAUCUUCACCGACCCUGCUGUCCUGUCCUGUUCCCACAGCAUUUGCAAAACCUGUCUUUUCAAGACCGGAUCAGCCAAAGAUUCACUAUUGUGUCCUAUCUGCGGAAGAAUAUCUUCUAAAAACAAUCCGCCAACAAACCGUGCCUUGAGGAAAGUAUGUGAGGCUUUUUCAUGGGAGCCAGAUAAAGAAUCGUUCUUUGGACAUAAUGAACUCUGCAGUCAACACAAUGAGAACCUUAAGCUCUUCUGUCUGACCGAUGAGGAACCCGUCUGCCUGGUGUGUAAGAUGUCAAAAAAACACAGAAAGCACAGUUUCUGUUCAAUAGAUGAAGCUUCAUAUUAUCGAAAGGAGGAACUUAAUUCUGAGAUUGAGCCAUUGAAACAGAAACUGGGUGACUAUGAAGGGGUCAAGCAAACUUUGACUGAUAUACUAGAGCACAUAAAGAAGCAAACCAAAAUUACAGAGAAAAUUAUAAAGCAGGAAGUUAAUAUGCUCUGUGAAUUUCUACGUGCUGAAGAAGUGAAGAGAAUAGCUGUUCUGCAGGAAGAAGAGAAGCAGAAGUGUGAGAAUGUAAAGAUUAAAAUUGGGGAGAUCAGCCAAAAAAUAUGUGACAUCACUGAUGUCAUAAGCGCCAUAAAGAGAACCAUACAAGAUGACGAUAUUACAUUUCUCAAGAACUUCAAGUUUUCAGUGAAAAGAACUCAAGGUGUAAAGCAAGAUCCAGAGAAAGCUUCUUAUGCCCUGAUCAAUGUGUCUAAGCAUCUGGGGAAUCUAAACUUCAAAUUAUGGUCCAAAAUGAAGGAAAUUAUACAAUUUUAUCCUGUGACUCUCAAUCCUAAUACUGCACAUGGUAAUCUGUUCCUGUCUGAGAACCUGACCAGUUUUGGAUUUCAGCACAAUUCUCAAGAUGAAGAGCAUCCAAAUAAGUUCCCUGCAAAUCCAUUUACCAACUCCCCUCGGGUUUUGGGCUCAUCAGGCUUUGACUCAGGAACACACUGCUGGGAGGUUGAGAUCGGAGAUGUUGCAACCUGGUCUGUGGGUGUGAUGAAUGAAUCUGUUCUUGAAAAGUCACCUGAAGAGGCAGAGAAUGGUCUCUGGGAGCUGAUCUGCUACGGCAUUGACUGUGAAGCCAGGGCACCAGAUGCUGAGCCUGAAAGCCUCACAUUUAGUCCACCACCCGAGAGGAUCAGAGUGCAGCUGAACUAUGAGACUGGAAUUGUGCGCUUGUUUAAUCCAGAGUAUAGCAGAUCUCUAUACACCUUCAGGCACAAAUUUACUGAGAGGCUGUUUCCGUGUUUCUCUUCCACACUCAAAAUCUUACCUAUCAAUGUGUCUAUUCGAAUUAAACAGAACACAUUACCAGCAGCUGAACAUAUGCCCACUGAGCCAUUGUAUGGCACAAUUACAGAAGUAAUCGAUGAGCCCAUCUAUGAGGAGAUAGUAUUAGAUCUUCAAAGACCUAGAAGCUAGAUAUGGUUAAAUGUAAUUUACAAAUGUCAUAUUAUAUUAUUUAAAGCAAAAUUACAAGUUGCGAGAUCCAGAUUCAGAAAAAGGACCAUAAAUGAACAAUCCUCCUUAGACCUCUGAUUACAUGGAUAGCCAAUGAAUGUGGGACACUGAAUGAAAUUUGAAAGAGGACACAUGAUAUAGCAUUUUAGCUUAGCAGAAAGCUAAAUGUUCGCAUAACAAUUAUUUGAGAAUCAACAUCACAGAAACGGCCUCAAAGUCAUCACUAAAGCAAUAUGGCAUUUAUUAAAAUUUGAUAUAUAAAGCAGAGUACAAAAGUAAUUACCGAAACAAGCUAAUGCAAUUGGAUUACAUUGUGAAUAUGAAAUGAUGUGUAUUUGGGCAUUUUGAUGCGUUAGAUGGACAAAACCCUUUCAAACACCUAGCGACACAUUCCAAUAAUUCAAAUAAUAAUUAAAAUGUGUUGGUCAGGUGUUCAGUUAGGAAAGUUAAGAAAACAUGCAAAAAUACCUUCAAAUGCCUCAUUAAAUUUGAGGUUGAAUCCUUUGCAGUUGAGAGGAUAUUAACCAGGCUGAGGCAGAGUUUACAUUUCACUGUGAUGUUUUUGCCCUGUGCUGCCUUAAAAUUGAAAUGAUCUCAGCACAUCCAGGUCAAAUGCUGAUUUAGACCGCUCCGUCUUCACCUGGCUAAUGACAAUUAUCAGGCCUGUGUGCAAUUUCACAACCCUCCCUCACACCCUCUCUUCCAAAAACACUCAAAGAGUUACCAAAUGUAUAUCGAAGGUAGGCUGAUUUAGAGUGAAAAAUGUAAAAGAUUUUAAAAAGAGAAAAAUUACGGUGGCCAAUAAAUUAUGAACAAUUUACUGCUGUUGCCUAAUUAACAUGUAAUACAUAAAAAAGCAAACGUUGACUGAUUUCAAGCAUUUUAAAAUGUAAUUUUAUCCAAUUACAAGUACUUUAUUAUUGUAAUCUGAUUAUGUAACCCAGAUUACAUGUAAUCCAUCACUACCCAGCACUGCUAAUUAUAUUACACUUUUACACUGUGAAAAGAGUUUCAGUUGGUCUUUCACAAGGAACUGAUCUUCAUAUUUAGCAGCUAAUGUAUGUAUACAUUUUCUAUAAGCAUAUCUGAUGAUCGAAACAACAUAUCUGCUGAUAUGAUCAUCAACUCCAAAAGCAUUCUAGAGAAAUAUUCCUGAUCUUUUCUUCUUUCCGCUCCCUUUUUCUGCUAUCCAUGUUUGUGCCAUCAGCCAAGCAGAGCUUUGCUCACACCUGACAAAUGACAAACCCCAGCUCAGAGGCUGACGCUGCAAUCAAAGUUCUGUCACACCUGUCAAUAUCCUGCUGUCAUGUCAACACUUCUUGUUAAUGAUGAUGUGAGAGACGGUGGUGGUGGGUUGGGGUCUAAUUUACAGUCACCCCCACCUCCAGCUAAAACAUGGUUAAGGUUCUCCAGUAUUAACAACUUCAUAUCUGUCAGUAAAUAAAUGUAUAGUUUUAAUAGGUCUUUCCAUUAUUUAGAAUUACCCAAUGAAAUACACAUUCAACUGUUAUACAUUUAUGUGUAUUCAUAGUUUGCUGACAGUGUAGAGGCUACUGAGCUUCAUUUGUAACUAUCACUAAAAACGUAUUUACAACUGUUGGAAUGAGGUAGUUUUAAAUAUCCAGGGAACAUUUCGAAGCCUAGCAUCACCUUCAGAUUAAGGCUGAUUCUGAUGUCUGCAAACUCACAUUGAUCUAUCAGGGUGUCACAAAGGGUUUUGAAACAGUUUGAAUCAGUCUAUGUUAAUGAUGUCUGCAUUCAGUUCCUCUGCACAGGAUUGUUAAUCAUUAUCUGUGAUAUUUGUUGUCAAAUUUGGAUACAAACCUAACUGUCCAAAGAGUUUCCAUUUCGACUAUUCGUCAUGCUAAAGUCCAGUAAAUGGAAACUUGUCUCCUGUGCAAUAGCAUGAAGUGGAAUCGGAAGAGACAAGCUCAUUCUUGACAAAUACACCUGUCACAGGGUCAAGUCAGAUCCCAUUGGCAGAGUCAAGCAUGUUGCACUUGGUUCUUGUGUUUGUGUUUAUUUCUAGAUAGAUUUGGUGGAGUAAUAACAAGCUGACCUGUAAAGCAACAAAGAAUUAAAUAAUUAAAAUGUAUUUUCAGACAUUUUCAGAUAGUAACACUACACCAAAUAUAAUAAAUAGAAAUGUAUUUACAGAUAUAUUUAUAUGUAUUUAUAAUUUACAGAAAAUCAAAAAAUGUGUUGCUUCCUAUGGGGCAUGUUCACAACAACAUACAAUUUAACACUGGACAAUUUGCCUAUGCAUCUAAGCAGUAUUUUUAGCUAAUAUUUCAUUUUUAAAAUCAACCUGGUCUUAUAGAAUCAAGUUACUAUACCAACAUUUUUGCAAAAUGAUUUUUAAAUGACUCAUUGUACAUAUUGCAGAAGUUUCCUGGUGAAAUGAACACUAGAGGCACUACAUUUGCAAAAACAAUGACUUUGAUUCCCUUUCACACAAAUAACAAGUAUAACAACAUAUUAUUUAUUCAUAAACACUUUUUGCCCUGUUCCUCACACAUUGCAAUCGUAUGAUAUCAAAACACUUCUACUGUAGUGCAUUACUUGUAAGGCCAAACAUUUUAACAUUUGCUUUAGAAAACGUUAAGUGAUAAAAGCUCAAAGUGUCUUAGAAAGAAGCACCACUUAAUGACGCAGUUGCGGAUCAGAAUUAGCAUUUUUCAUCUCACGUUUGCUCUUUAGGACACUACCGGUUAGGUUUAGGUUUAAGGUUUAGUGUAAAAAUCUCGCCAAAGUCACAUAAUUUGUAUUGUUGUAAAUUACAAAUCCAAUGAUUUCAUUUAAUUAAAUACAGAUAUCUUGUGUCUUUUGAGCAUUACAAAUAAACUUGUUU